GAGUGAGUGAGUGCUCCCGCUGCAACGCUCGGUCGUCCGGUCGACGCAAGAAGAGCUGUGGUAAUAGCGCCAGUAGCAACAGCCAUUUCGUGAGCGAAUGCUGCUGAUAGUGGUACUCGUCGUCGUAAUAAUAUAUCCAUAUGAGAAAUGACUGCGUGUCGCGUUAAUGCAUAGAAGACAAAAAUCAAUAUCAAAAACAACGACGACGCAAACCUGUCCAUGUAUUUCCCUGGUGGAGAAGUUUUUUACGGCGACCGAUGUUGAUGCUCGUUACCAUCAAGAACUCCCGUUGCGAGCUGGCUGUGACGCAUGCAACCGCGUGUGCACACUCAGACAGAUGCCUGCAUACCAUUUCAGCAUCGUGUUAACGAUAACAACGUUACCGACGGCGACGACGAUCAAUAACAGUGAAUGAUAUACCACUACUGCUACUGGCAGUGGUAACAGCAGCAGCAAAACAAGCGACGGCUAACGAACAUAAAACGGGUCCCAAAACGGUUCAUUUGUCAAAAUAAAAUAAAGACGAAGGAAAAAAGAGGGCUGCCGUUGUUGCCGAGCUGUCACUCGGUUCCGCCCGUUCAUCACUCCGGCGCUGUGGACGUAAAUGCUCCUCAGUGCGUGUCCGCGUGUAUUUGUACGUGUGCCUGUACGUAGUCAACAACACCACUAACAUCGGUAGCGGCACAAUCCGUCAAAACAGCAGCAGAAGCGAUUAAUUAGUGAAUAACUGGUGAUUAAUGAGUAGUGGUAGUGGUAGUCAUUCUAGUGUGGAGUGGAGGAAUGAAGCUUAAUGAGGUGCAUACUCAUUGCUCUGUCUCUUUCAGUCGUGUUUGUGUCUAAGCAGAAGUGUCUCCCGUUGUUGCCGGCCUGCAGGUGUAACGUAUGCGAACCACGAACGCCGCUAUCAACGUACUUUGGUGGCGUCAAUUCAGUAUUGCUGUAAUACGUGGGUCAAAUCGGUGCGACAACAGCAGCCUCAGGUGCGCUGCUUGGAUUUACAUCGAUUAGACCAAUAAUAACAACAAUAUAAAUUCACGAUUAUCACUUGGAUACAUUAUACACUCUUUUUUGUUCACGCUGUUCUCUCCAUUCGUCUUUGUGCCUGUGUGUUCUAGUGGGGUGAUUGUUGUGCGGGUGUAUUAUUGUUGUUGUUGGCGUGCCGGCUUAGUACGUCAUCCGUCGCAGACUCUGGAAAGUUUCCCUUUACCCGAGGAAAACCGCCCCCCGACAGAGGUAAUGGUGGACGCAGGACGUGUUUGAGAAGAUGACCGUCGCGCUCAGAGGGAGGCGAGCGGCGUUGCGAGUGAACAGCACAAGCCCUCCAUUGAGACAGCGUGAACAAAUCUGUCUGUACGAUGCAGACAACGGAAAACCCACUAGCAGAAAAGAACUACUUCUCAUCCUUCACCCUACAACUACAAUAAUCUUCUAUAGCAGAAGCUGUCAGCGGUUGAACGGCGGGAUUCAAAGUCAAAGUGUUUCUGCUAUCUGUAACUGCUCCAACAAUCGCGAUCUUUAUAGCUGGAGCAAUGAAGGACAAUUUGUUUUUGAGCCUGUGGCUAUCGUUGCAGCGCGUACAAAGAACUGUGUAAACCAUAACAGCUGUACUUCGACGACGACGACGACAACGAAAGUCGCCAUUACUGUUGAUCCCCUGAGGAGUUGUCGACGGAACCGGCAAAUAGCGUCUCUCCUGAAUCCUAACACAAGCAACGGCAGCAGACAGCUUGGUAAAAACAGUUACAAUUUCAUCAACAGUUGCGAAGUGCACUUCUAACACAGUAUUUUCUGCUGUAUAUUGCUGAAAGAAGAAGUGGCAAACCACCUCCUACUGCGGAUAGAAAGGCACUUCGAAAUUUCCUUCGUCAUAGAAGCGAAAAGGGUUGCUUCUCGCUUUUCUCAAAGGGGCAGCCGUUACACGUGCGCAUACGCACAGACACAUAUACACACAAGUGUUGUUGUGCCGUGGAUGAGACAGAUAAAGAGACGAAUAAGCGAGCGAGGAGACGUGCGUGCUAGGUAAUUUCUGCCGAAGGAAAUAGGGAAAACGGAUUCACGAGUAGUGGUGGUGAUACAUACCACUGACACCAGAAACACGAUGAACACAAUGGAAUUAAUGAACAGAAAUGUGAUCUGGGGUCGUGAGAAGACUCGAGGGGUCUUACGGUCUAUUGGAAUCGAACUCUUUGUCGGUCUGUUUCUCUUAUGUUUGGCUGCUGAGACCGGUAAUGCCAGUGAAGAAGCCACAACUGAAGACUUGCUUCUACCUAUCCAGUUUAACGAUGACGGAUCAAAAAUAUGUCCAACAGUAGAAAUCAGAAACAACCCGUCGAACUUUGAACAGCUUCGAAAUUGUAGUGUCAUCGAAGGCAAUCUUGUUAUCGCUGUACUUCAAUACCGAAAUCCGAAGAAGCCUGAUGAGCCCGAUAAUCUAAACUAUAGCUUUCCUGAGCUCCGCGAGAUAACCGGUUACGUGGUAGUAUUUCGCUCGCAUCUGAACAACAUGACCCGACUUUUUCCGAAUCUAGCUGUUAUCAGGGGAAUGGAUCUAUUCGUUGGUCAAUAUGCGCUGGUCAUCUACGAAAACCCACUCAUGACAACGUUGGGUUUGAGGAGUUUAACGCACAUCAUGCGCGGAGGCGUUCGAAUUGAAAAGAAUAAUCGCUUGUGCCACGUGGAUAGUAUCGAUUGGUCUCAGAUCACGCAAGACCCGUCAGCACCUCCAGUAGACAACAUCUACAAUCGAGAUCGGAGCAUCUGUCCUGGCUGUCAGAGUAGCUGUCCUCCGGACAAAACAGGACAGAGUUACCUUUGCUGGAACUACGAAACCUGUCAAAAAGUGUGCCUAUGUCAAAGUCAAAAUGCAACCUGUACAGAUGAUAUGAAGACGUGCUGUGAUAAGCAAUGUCUUGGAGGCUGCAAGAGCCCGAAUGGCACGCAGGACUGUUAUGCCUGUCAGAAGUAUCGAUUUAAAGGACGAUGUGUUGACAAAUGUCCUAGUAACACGUAUGCGUUGAAUGGGCGACGAUGUGUAAGCGAGACCGACUGCAGAAACUAUACGACGGCGCUCGUAAAACACUUUAAGGCAUUUAACGACAGUGCAACAGCUGAGUGCCUACCACAGUGUCCCGCUGGUUACACAACGAAGCAAGGUGCGCCCCACUCGUGCGAAAAAUGCAAAGGUCCCUGUCCACAUGUAUGCACCAUGAAUCGUGCGAUUAAAUCUAUUCAUGACGCCAAGUCACUUAAAGGCUGCACUAUAAUCAAUAGUGGGCUGAAUAUCGAGAUCACUUCUGGCGUAGGAGUGUCUACGGCUCUUGAAGAGUAUUUGGGUAAUAUCGAGGAGAUCCAAGGCUACCUAAAAGUGGCCCGAACACCUUCCCUAGUUUCGCUUGCUUUUUUCAAGAAUUUACGGCUCAUAAACGGUACCCAAGCGGCCACCAACUAUUCAGUCCUUGUGCAGGACAAUGCCAACUUGCAGGAGUUUUGGGAUUGGAAAACCAAGCCCAAUUUCAGAAUCAAAACAGGCAAGCUCUACUUCCAUCACAACCAAAAACUCUGCUAUAAGACCAUCGAAACCUUCAAGAACAACUCGGGCCUUUCAGCCCUUGUACUAAAGGACCAGGACGUUAGCGAACGAACAAACGGAGACCGCAUGCCCUGCGAUGUUGUCGAACUGCCGAUGAGGAUCCAUAAAAUUCGUGCGAAGAAGUGUUCCGUUGAAUGGGAUACGCACAUUGAAAACGUGUUCGAAGACCAUAGGCACCUGCAUACGUACACGGUGUUCUACGCGAGAGUUGCCGAAGACGUAAAUGUGACGGUAUUUGAUGGUCGUGAUGCCUGCGGCUCAGAUGAUUGGUCGACUGCCUAUAAGGACCUCGACGCAAUGCGGUCGGAAUCGGCCGGCAAAGAAGAGAUUGAAUUGAAUGAUCUUGAGCCCUUUUCGCGUUAUGCUGUUUAUGUGAAGACUGAGAUGCUCAUUGAAUCAAGCAAAGCCGCGCAGUCCAAGAUUCAGUAUUUCCGAACGAAGAUGGGACCACCCAAUCUGCCGCGAAAGAUUUACGUAGAUUCAACUACUCCUCAUGACAUGGACAUUCGAUGGGACCCCCCUGAUAAACCAACCGGAAAGGUCGAGUGGUACCUCGUCGUUGGAUUGGUCCAGCAAGAUAUCGAUGCCUAUAUGACACGCCGAGAUUUCUGCACAGACCACGUCUAUUCCCCUCACCCCACGACUGCACCCAAAACAGAGAAGUCGAACGCCACCCUUGGGGUUCUUGACUGCAGUAAAUGUAAGUGUGAUGCGCGACUGCGAAAAACGCUGAGCCGCCAAGAAAAACAAGAAGCCAUGGAGUUUGAGGAUGAGCUGCACGAUCUUAUUUUCCGUAAAAGAGGGAAAAAGAAAUCUGGACGUCAUAAGCGGAGCGUUCCGGAGAACGCGAGUAAAGAACCCAACGACCUAGAUGAUCAGACGACGACCGCGACAUCGACGAAAGUCUCACAAAACUCACUAACUGCGAUUGAGGAAAACUGGGGCAACAUCCCUGACCACUACAAAAAUUGCUCAAGCAAUAUAGAGGAUGCUUCUAGCUUCUGUCGCUGGAUUAGGGGCGAUCGAACUUCGGUUUCUAAUCUAAGGCACUUCACAAAUUACAUCAUCGAGGUAGCCGCUUGUCAUUACCAAAGUGAAAUGUCAAGCGAUGAAUCUUGCCAUUUUGAGACUGAAGUAAACAUUGACGGCAAACUCGUAAAGACGUGCUGUUCCAAACCUCAACGAGUUGUCCAACGUACCCUUAAGCUGCGCGGAGCGGACGAUGUCGACAUUUCCACACUUCGCGUUGAACAGCGAGGAGUUCCGGCGAGUGGCGGGAAUGUUACCUUGGAAGGAGAACACGCAGCCAGUGCGGGAAACCUCGGUGAAGGCAAUGUCUUUGUGACCUGGGAUCCUCCACCACGUCCAAACGCUUUCAUUGUCAGCUAUACACUAGAGUACAUAAGAGACGUUGAUGGAGCUAAGGCCAUUCAGAUUUGUAUCAACCAUAAGGAAUACCAACAAGUGCACGGUCGUGUACUGGACAGUUUAGGAGCCGGCAACUACUCGUUCCGGGUGCGUGCCACGAGUUUGAGUGGAGCUGGCAAUUGGACCCGGUACGAAAGUUUCUACGUACGCGAUACAUCUGAGGGCCAGCGAUACGUGACGCUGUUUGUCUCGAUCGCGAUCAUCUUUCUUGUCAUAUUUGGGGUAGCCUCAUUCGGGGUUUACCACUAUGCAAAGAGGAAGCUGAACCGAGGUAUUCCUGAUGGCGUGCUAUACGCUUCGAUGAAUCCAGAAUAUCUGAGUACGUCGUACGAGCCUGAUGAGUGGGAGGUUCAACGAGACAAGAUUCAGCUACUCAAUGAGCUGGGUCAAGGCUCAUUUGGAAUGGUGUACCAGGGAAUUGUAUACGAAUUAAACGGCGUUCCAGAAACGGAUUGCGCAGUCAAGACAGUCAACGAAGGCGCCCAGAUACAUGAGAGAAACGAGUUUCUACAAGAAGCGUCAACAAUGAAACGCUUCAAUUCGUACCACGUUGUCAAAUUACUAGGUGUAGUUAGUAAGGGCCAGCCGGUGUACGUCAUUAUGGAACUAAUGUCAAAUGGCGAUCUGAAGAGUUAUUUGCGCUCCCACAGGCCUGACCAGGGAGAGGCCCCGAAAGGCGAUCCCCCUACGUACCGCCAAGUAGUUCAGAUGGCUGCCGAAAUUGCAGACGGCAUGGCAUAUCUUGCGUCGCUUAAAUACGUUCAUCGGGACUUGGCAGCUCGAAAUUGUAUGGUAGCAACUGACCUCACCGUUAAAAUAGGUGACUUCGGCAUGACCCGCGAUAUCUAUGAGACAGACUACUACCGCAAAGGGGGAAAAGGCCUGCUGCCGGUCCGCUGGAUGAGCCCCGAAUCUCUCAAAGAUGGCAUAUUCACAACACAAGGCGACGUGUGGAGUUAUGGUGUUGUUCUUUGGGAGAUGGUCACCCUGGCCACCAUGCCUUAUCAAGGCCUGAGUAAUGAGCAGGUGCUCAAGUGGGUCAUUUCGCGCCACAUUAUGGAACGACCAGAUAACUGUCCGGAUAAGUUGUAUAAAAUCAUGAAGCUAUGUUGGCAGUACAUGCCGAAAACGCGACCAAAGUUCACCGAUAUUGUCUCCAUGCUGUUGGAUGAGACGCACGAUAGAUUCCAAGAGGUUUCAUACUACACAACAACGUUUCGAGGAACGAUGCGCCCCGAAGAAAAUCUCGAGGAUCGGCAAGGCACGUCAGGAGAAGGCACGCCCCUCGUUGUGGCACAGUCACACAAAAAUGGCGGAGGACUCGCUUCUAUCCGCGAUCACAAAUCUCCCAGAGGGCCGGACGCCGCCGGACACGACAUAGCCGAUCUUGAUGAAGAGAGCAAUCUUUACAUUUCGGACGACGUUAUCUCAGACGGUGAGGGCGAAGAGAGCGGUGGCGAGAACUCGGAUAGCAGUGAGAGACAUCCGAGGCACAAAAACACUCCGAUGUCGUCGUUAACAAAGCACAACAACAGCGACUAUGGCAGCGAAAAGAGUCCGACAAUCGUUCCAUUACUAAGCGAACGGGAAGCGAUCGGAGAUGGUCCGCCUGUUGUCAUGUUGACACCAGCGCCGCGACCGGCGCAAAGUAGCGGAUUCACGUCGCUCGCUGGUCUGACACCGAUUGUGCAGUCGUUUGCGCCUUCAGAUGGCAACGGUAGCACUGCAGCAAGCAGCGUACCAGCUGUUAAAGCUGUCGGUGGAAAAGUCCUUACUACGAACCAGAACGGAACACUUCCAACAACAGCAAAUGGUCGCGCCUACAUCCCACUCCAUGGCAACAAUAAUCGUACAACGGCUUGCUAACUCCCGCUGCUAUCCCUCCCCCCCCCCCCCCCCCCAAGCACUUCGCGCUUUGAACAACGGGAAGCCUCGGUAGCUAGGAUCUGAUGUAAAUCACCACCAUCAUCGUUAAGCGCGCAGUUUAAAGACGCGUCCCGAGAAACAGCUAUAGGCAUACGAAACAACAGGCAGGUUUUGUUCCGGUAUGCACUAUGCAUAAGUUAGAAGAAGAAACUACGGAUCAACAAAAAGCUAGACAAACAUGUUCAGAGGGGCGGAGACGACCAACAAUGACGCGGUAACCGCGGCAUUCGGCACAUUAUUGAUCCAGGUCCAUUGGAGUUGCGUCUAAUUUUCGCAACGUUGACUCAUCUACGUGCAAUAGAUGCAGUCAACGUGAGUCAACUCGCUGCGAUAAUGCUCAUUUGAUAUCACUGGCGGUGGAUAUUGACUAAGAACGGACAUUUCGCUCGAUCCGGACGAUUUUGGUGAACUACCAUUCAUCAGCAGUCGCAGCAAACACAGCAACAAGUGCGCAGCAGUAACGCUAAAAAAUUUGCGCUGCCCCGUUCCUCGUCCUUUUCUUUGACGUCUUCCUCUCGUGUGUUAUCAUCUCGUGGGGGAAGAGUGAACUUCAUCAUCAUCAUCACUGCCAAUCUUCUUGUUGCCUUUGUUGUUGCUGUCAGCAGUGCUUCAUGUGAUAUUUUACUACUAUUAUUAUUUAUAUUGAAGUUUGUAUUAUUCAUGAAGGGAGAACAUAUAUGGUAAGCUUGAUCGUCCUAGGUAUGACUGAAGAGGGUAUUACAUACAGUACAGGGUUCGAUAAAAAGGCGAAUGAGGAUAAAACAGCAAACGGAAUGAGAGACACUGCGCGGUUUUAUUCAAUGAAAUGAUCACCGUUAGGUUGGCAGCGAUUCGCAGACUUCAUAUUAAGUCUAGGAAUUAAGAAUACCAGCUAGUUGUCCGUACCACAUAUACGGUGAUUGCCAUGUAUGGUGUAUGUAUGAUGUUCGUAGAUGGCUAUGUGGUGCUCUGUGUGCUUCAAAAUAUAUAAGGCAAAACAAAGAAUAAACCCUUGACAUCCCUCUGAUAAGCAGACUAUCAGAGAGACGCAAAUUAUCAACAGCGAAAAUGUGCUAAGGAUUUCACGGUUGAGAUGCUCAUGAGUGCUUCUGCUCGUGAUUUAACAACCACUGACUGAGGAAGGAGAGAGUAAGAAGUGAUCAAAUGUAGCAUCGAAUCAGCCCUUGCUGUGUGAUGGCGGUAACAGAAAUAAAUUAACGAAUCUGACUAUGGCGUUUACAGAACCGUUGCUAACCAUCACUAUGAGACUACAAGACUGCAGCGUACUGCUCGGAAACCGUUACGAGCCCCAUAAAAAGAGCAGGACAAGAUAUGAAACAGGAGUGCACACAUAACAAUGUAAGGGCUGAUUGAAUAGGUCCGGGAUGUGUAUAACUGUAUGCAAUUAUCGUUCAUGUGGAAAAGUUUGUCGGUCGGAAGUGGUGAGAACGGUACUCACAAAUAUCACUGGUGAUGCUAAUUUUAUUCGAGGUCUUAAACACAUGCGUGUGUAUAAAGUCCCUCCACGCACCAUCUACAUCUAGGUACGUAAAGGCCUAUCUCUAGCCUAAUGUGUAGACAGAUCCAGCGGAACGGACCCACUACGGAUCGCUAUGCUAAUACUAUACAUGUAUAUGUCUACUUGUACUUGCGAACCAAUGUGUGUGGAUCCUAUCUAACUGAUGCGUCUGAUCGCGUCGAGUAUAUAUGUAUAUUCAGAAUCUGUGUGAAUGUCGCCGAGUCUAUGUGUGCGUAGUUCCUUAUGCUAAUCAGUAUGAGUGUAGUGACUUUUAAGAGGACAAAAUUUACCAUGCUGUAUCGCAGAUGUGACAACAUGUAACCCGCGUAAAAGAACGAGAACAUAUUUACAAGUUAUAAGAUCUGAAUAAUUAUAAUAGUGUUGCUAUAUAUGAAGAUAUAUACACAUCGUACAUAGGGGAAAGCAGCACAUCAGCACAGCCCAUUACCAAUUCAGUGAUGCGUGCACGUCCUCCAAACUGAUGAAUCUGGUGCAAUACCUAUUCAUCGUUUGGAUCUCGCGUUGAAGUUCAGUGAUGCUUACGCAUGUGUUGUAUACUGUACUGUAUAUAUUCGAUUUUUCCUGCAGUCCUUACCCUAUCCUCCUAGUCUGCAACGAGACGAUAGGUUUCCCUUCGGUAAACAUUUGAUACCAAAUUCAAAUGCUCCGCUCUCUCUAACCGUUUAUUUUGAUUUUACCAAAAAGGCGCUGUAAACACGUUCAAGCUUAAGGCGGUGAGGCUUCUGAAUUAAGAUUGACUAGAUUACGUGAGUGCGAAAUGUAAUGCGACCUCAGUCGAUCGCCGCUGAAGGGUUUCUUGUAGGAUUAUUUUUUAUUGGUAAAUGUUUGUGUCUGACUUAUAUACGUACGCACAUCUCAUGCGUGCUCUCAAUGUUCGCGAACUCAUUAGUUGAUUUGGUAAGUUAGUGUACGUUGACACCAAAUAAUUUCUCUGAAUGCCUUCAAUUGUCCCAAAAGAACAUAGGUAUGCAAUAUAUUUUAUAUCCGAAUAUUGCAAUGAUAACCGGGGCAACUCGUUAAAUGUUACCAUCAAUGUCGGAUCGACCCGAAGAGCUGCAGCGAAAGCCUUGACCACUAUUCGGGGAUUGGUCUUCUAAAAUUCUAAACGAAAAAAAAGGAUGUAUAUAGCAGAAUACGCAAACUUGUUUUAGUCGAAGCGCAUUGCUCAUCUCCUAUGAAAAUUAAUAAGCACACAUACAAUUAUAAAACUAAUUUUCGUACAUGCCGCCAAUUACCACAGGUGUUGCGAGAAUAUAUUCGCUAGGACCUGGAUGUGCUGCAGUAGUUUCGGAUCGCUACUGCCCAAAUUGGUGCUGCCUGUAUACAUCAUGUUAAAAAAAAAAAACGUCUGAAAGAGCCAUGUUUGGUACUCUAAAUAAUUGUUGUCUGUCUUAAUUUAUUGCUUAUCCGAUCGACUGAAAUCAAUUAGUUCGGUUUGUCUUCAUAAGCAUUUUAACGAUGGCGGUCAUUCCGAUUUCCUCUCAAGGGUAAUCUGGAUAAUGUGCAAGACUGGAUUUUUAUAUUUUGUCUAGGAGGAUGCGCCGUUGUUAGGCACAACUGGUCCUUCGAAUCGAAGAUGAACACGACAACGAGACAUUUUAAGCCUUAAAUCUGGUCUAGCGACACAGACUGUAAAAAAUGCCGUUAAACUGUAGUCGACAAUUGCAUUUAUUAUGUUCAUAAGUUAAUUUGUUCUCGUUUUGUACUUCAUUUUGUAUAACGUUUCCCUUUAGUAAUUUGCGUCUAGCAAUUUCUUACAAAUUGUUUAAUAAUUUAUAAGUAUUUAGAGAAGACGUUCUUUUAGGAUCGAAUUGCAGUGGAAGAGGUGUGAGGUCCUGCCUGUCUCAAUUUGUAGUUUGGCGUAGAAAACAGAGUGAAAGGCUUAUGACUACCCCAAACGACGUGCAUCGCAAAUCAAGCCAGUGCUUUGUUUUUCAACGGCAGAUCGUUACAAGUUGAAACGCAAACGGAAGAUCUUUUCCUGGUAGAUAUUGUCGGUUGGAUAGUUGAAUGCAUUGAACACACUGGCGCAUCUUUCAAAAAAAACUCUCGUACAUAUCUGUCCCGAGACGAGAACGCGACGUACUCAGCGAAGACAGCACGCCAUUACCUCCGGUCAAUCGAUAGUUGAGUGACAUUUCGUGUUAAGUAGUAAAGCCAACAACAAUGCUAUCACCACGAUUGAUAGAUACCGAGAAGUGGACAACUCGUGACGCUUUGAGGCGCACUCGAGUGGCUCAUCCAUGACACAUGUAGAUAGCAUCAUCAAAAAAAAAUUAAUAAAUCGGCCAGCAGGCAAAGAUAGCCACAAAACCCUGACUACCGUUAAUAAGAUUAAAAGAGCAAAAGAGGAAUACCAUUAGAAACACAGUCGAAGACCGGAAUGAUGGCUGAGUGCGGCUGUCACAUGAAACUGACAUCGCUAGCUGAAGCGCUGGGGCUCAUCGAUAGUUUCUUCCUUUCUACGGCGGGAAGAGAGUUUGAUGAUCGCAGACAUCAUGAAGGUAAACCUUGGGAGGGAUACGAAUUUGCGAAUAGAUAAGUGAUCACAGACAAAUGACAACAAGCG